AAUUAAAUUACAAUUUUUUCUUUGGCCCAAUUUUCGAUUAGAAGAUUUAGCUUGUAUGAAUCGUUAUUGGUUCGAUACUAAUAAUGCUAGUCGGUUCAGUAUGGUAAGAAUAUAUAUAUAUCCGCGGUUGAAAUUUUGAUAAGGGUGCAUUUUUCAUAUAUCCCAUAGCAUAUCUGAUUUAGUAUAUGAAAACAAGGAGAUGGGUACGUCAUUCUUUUUCUUUUCCACUCCAUAUUCCAUUCUGAUACAUGGAAUUCAAUUAUGUAUCAAUUAGAUCUAGAAACGAAUCAAUGGAAUUUUUUUCUUUUCAUAUUAAGUAGAAUUUUUUUCUCUUUUGUAAGCGAAGAAAUAUACCAUCCUUUUGUAUCUAUAACAGAAUAAAAAAAAAAUUGGAUUGAUUAAUGAUAAAUUGUAUUUAAAAAAAUUUUGAAUUACUAACAAAGUAAAGAUUUUUGUUUAUACCAAAUUAAAAUGAACUGACAUUAUUUUAUUUAAUAAAUUUUUUAUUAUUACUGAUCAAUAAAAAAAUAUUUUAAACUUAAUUAAUAAUUAAUAAUUAAAAAGGGAAGUGCUUGUUUUAUGGUAAAAAAUUCAUUCAUUUCAGUUAUUUCACAAGAAGAAAAAGACGAAAACAAGGGAUCUGUUGAAUUUCAAAUAGUAAGUUUCACUAAUAAGAUACGAAGACUUACUUCACAUUUGGAAUUGCAUAGAAAAGACUAUUUAUCUCAGAGAGGUUUGCGAAAAAUUCUAGGAAAACGACAACGACUCCUGUCUUAUUUAGCAAAGAAAAAUAGAGUACGUUAUAAAGAAUUAAUUAUCCUGUUGGAUAUUCGGGAAUCAAAAACUCGUUAAUUUUAAGAGUUUUUUUGAAUUAUUUGAUUUAUUAGAUCUUGAGAUGAACUUAUUUUUGUUUUCAGUAAUUCAUGGACGAAUGGAUCAAGGAAACCCUAUGAAUGUACCAGCUACACGAAAAGACCUUAUGAUAGUUAAUAUGGGUCCCCACCACCCAUCAAUGCAUGGUGUUCUUCGCCUCAUCGUUACUCUAGACGGGGAAGAUGUUAUUGACUGUGAACCAAUAUUAGGUUAUUUACACAGAGGAAUGGAAAAAAUUGCGGAAAAUCGAACAAUUAUACAAUAUUUGCCCUAUGUAACACGUUGGGAUUAUUUGGCUACUAUGUUCACAGAAGCAAUAACAGUAAAUGGUCCAGAACUGUUAGGAAAUAUUCAAGUGCCUAAAAGAGCUGGCUAUAUCAGAAUAAUUAUGUUGGAAUUGAGUCGUAUAGCUUCUCAUUUGUUAUGGCUUGGUCCCUUUAUGGCAGAUAUAGGUGCACAGACUCCUUUCUUCUAUAUUUUUAGAGAAAGAGAGUUAGUAUAUGAUUUAUUCGAAGCUGCCACUGGUAUGAGAAUGAUGCAUAAUUUUUUUCGUAUCGGGGGAGUAGCGUCUGAUCUACCUCAUGGUUGGAUAGAUAAAUGUUUGGAUUUUUGCGAUUAUUUUUUAACAGGAGUUACUGAAUAUCAAAAACUUAUUACGCGAAAUCCUAUUUUUUUAGAACGAGUUGAGGGAGUAGGUAUUGUUGGUACAGAGGAAGCAAAAUAUUGGGGUUUAUCGGGACCUAUGCUACGAGCUUCCGGAGUACAAUGUGAUCUUCGUAAAGUUGAUCAUUAUGAGUGUUACGACGAAUUUGAUUGGGAAAUCCAGUGGCAAAAAGAAGGAGAUUCCUUAGCUCGUUAUUUAGUCCGAAUUGGUGAAAUGAUGGAAUCUAUAAAAAUUAUUCAACAGGCUCUGGAAGGAAUUCCGGGGGGGCCCUAUGAGAAUUUAGAAAUCCGACGUUUUGAUAGAGAAAGGGAUUCGGAAUGGAACGAUUUCGAAUAUCGAUUCAUUAGAAAAACUUCUCCUACUUUUGAAUUACUGAAACAAGAACUUUAUGUGAGAGUCGAAGCCCCAAAAGGAGAAUUGGGAAAAUUUCUUAUAGGAGAUCAGAGCGGUUUUAAGUUGAGAUUUAAAAUACGUACGCCGGGUUUUAUCAAUUUGCAAAUUCUUCCUGAAUUAGUUUAAAGAAUGCAAUUGGCUGAUAUUAUGACAAUUCUAGAUAUACAAGCUAUCAAUUCUGUUUCUAGAUUAGAAUCCUUAAACGAGGUCUAUGGAAUUAUAUGGGUGUUUGUCCCGAUUUUUAUUCUUGUAUUGGGAAUCACGAUAGGCAUACUAGUAAUUGUAUGGUUAGAAAGAGAAAUAUCUGCAGGGAUACAACAACGUAUUGGACAUGAAUAUGCCGGUCCUUUAGGAGUUCUUCAAGCUCUAGCGGAUGGGACAAAACUACUUUUCAAAGAGAAUCUUUUUCCAUCUAGGGGGGAUAUUCGUUUAUUCAGUAUCGGACCAUCCAUAGCAGUCAUAUCAACUCUAUUAAGCUAUUCGGUAAUUCCUUUUGGCUAUCACCUUGUUUUAACUGAUCUAAAUAUUGGUGUUUUUUUAUGGAUUGCCAUUUCAAGUAUUGCUCCCAUCGGACUUCUUAUGUCAGGAUAUGGAUCAAAUAAUAAAUAUUCCUUUUUGGGUGGUUUACGAGCUGCUGCUCAAUCGAUUAGUUAUGAAAUACCAUUAACUCUUUGUGUGUUAUCCAUAUCUCUACGUUGAUGUUAUCACCGACUAUGAUUAUCUAAUAGUUCAAGUACAGUUGAUAUAGUUGAGGCACAAUCAAAAUCUGGUUUUUGGGGGUGGAAUUUGUGGCGUCAACCUAUAGGAUUUAUCAUUUUUUUUAUUUCUUCUCUAGCAGAAUGUGAGAGAUUGCUUGAUUUACCAGAAGCAGAAGAAGAAUUAGUAGCAGGUUAUCAAACCGAAUAUUCGGGCAUCAAAUUUGGUUUAUUUUAUAUUGCUUCCUAUCUAAACUUAUUAGUUUCUUCAUUAUUUGUAACAGUUCUUUACUUGGGCGGUUGGAAUAUCUCUAUUCCGUAUAUAUUCGUUCCUGAGCUUUUAGAAAUAAAAAAAAUAGGCGGAGUCUUUGGAACAACAAUUGGUAUCUUUAUUACAUUGGUUAAAACUUAUUUGUUCUUGUUCAUUCCUAUCACAACAAGAUGGACUUUACCUAGACUAAGAAUGGACCAACUUUUAAAUCUUUGAUGGAAAUUUCUUUUACCUAUUUCUCUCGAGAAAAAAACAAACAUAAAAUUAUUCAUAAAUAUUUACGAUAUGUUUCCCAUGGUAACUGGGUUCAUGAAUUAUGGGCAACAAACCAUACGAGCUGCAAGGUACAUUGGUCAAGGUUUUAUGAUUACCUUAUCUCAUGCAAAUCGUUUACCUGUAACUAUUCAAUAUCCUUAUGAAAAAUUAAUCACAUCGGAGCGUUUCCGCGGUCGAAUUCAUUUUGAAUUUGAUAAAUGCAUUGCUUGUGAAGUAUGUGUUCGUGUAUGUCCUAUAGAUCUACCUGUUGUUGAUUGGAAAUUGGAAACUGACAUUCGAAAGAAACGGUUGCUUAAUUACAGUAUUGAUUUCGGAAUCUGUAUAUUUUGUGGCAACUGUGUUGAGUAUUGUCCGACAAAUUGUUUAUCGAUGACUGAAGAAUAUGAGCUUUCUACUUAUGAUCGUCACGAAUUGAAUUAUAAUCAAAUUGCUUUAGGUCGUUUACCAAUGUCAGUAGUUGACGAUUAUACAAUUCGAACAAUUUUGAAUUCAACUCAAAAAAAAAUAGGUAAACCACUUUGAUUGAUUAAAAAGUACAAUUAUUAAACUCAAAUUCUGUUUUGAUCUAAAAGGAUGAAAGGAUGAAAUGGGUUUUCUUUUAUUUUUCUUGGUCAAUAACUACAAAAAUUACAAAUUCCAACUAUUGAUUUGAUUGAUUGAUGAUAAUUGCGUCGCGACUUAAUUUGGAUUGAAAAUCUAUUAAUAUAUCUUUAAUUCUAUCCAUAAUUAUUUCUAAAAAAAAAAUUUAGAAUGCCUUUUUGAGAAAGGAUGAGAUUAGUAGAAUAGCU